UUUCAGGAAAAAGCAACAGAAACGAAGAAAUCAUUCUCCUAUGAGUUCCGAUGGACGGUGGAGAUUCAAUCUCCGAACAGCAUUCACAAUCGUUUUCCUCACUUUUCUUCCUCUAAAACUCAACACCCAAGAAGUCUUUGAUUCUUCUCAAGAUCACUUCUUGAUCCAAUCCGAAGCUUAUGUGAACCAUCGCAGCCUGGUCGAGACACCUCUUCCAGGGAAAGAUCCUGCUUUGAGUGCCUUCCCGCCAUCUCCUGAUCAACCGACAACUUUCAGAAAACCAUCUUCACCACCAGAAACUCAAACACCACCAGGAGGAGAUGGAAUCCCGAGUCCUCCUCCUAGUAGUGUUGUGCCAACACAAAUACCCCUAUUCCUGCCUUCGCCUCAGCCUCAGCCUCCACCUCUACCUCAGCCUCAGCAUCAGCCUCAGUCUCCUCCUCCAGGAACUAAAAAGAAAUCUCUCAAUCCUUAUAUGAUCGUAGGCAUAGUCGUUGGCGUAUUCACACUCUCGGUGGCAUUAAUCAUCUUCUUUCUUGUCCUCAGCCGAAAUAUUCCAAUCAAGCCUUGGACCAGCAGUGGCCAGCUUCAAGAUGCUCUUAUCACAGAUGUUCCGAGGCUGCAGCUAUCAGAGCUACAAGCAGCCUGUGAAGAUUUCAGUAACAUCAUUGGCUCUGUCUCAGACGGCACUAUAUAUAAAGGCACUUUGUCCACUGGUGCUGAAGUCGCCGUUCUGUCUGUCGCGGCUAGUUCUCGCGCUGACUGGUCUACCGCCAUGGAAAAACAGUUCCUAGAAAAGGUAUCGGAACCUCGUUUGCGCUUGUUGAACAGAGAACAGAGAUUGGCGUUGCCAUUGAAGAAUAUUUCUGCUCUGUUUCUGCAGGUUCAUAACUUCUCAAAAGUGGAUCACAAGAACUUUUUGCAGGUGAUUGGGUAUUGCCAUGAAGACGAGCCCUUCAACCGAAUGCUUGUUUUCGAAUACGCUCCCAAUGGAUCCCUCUCCGACCAUCUGCACUCUCAACACGCAGAGCACUUGGACUGGCCUACCAGACUCAGAAUCGCCAUGGGAAUAGCCUACUGUCUAGAGCACAUGCACAAUCUCAACCCACCCAUCUUGCACACCAAUUUGGACUCCACUUCUGUCUACUUGGCUGAAGACAAUGCUGCCAAAGUCUCUGACUUUUCUGUCCUCAACUGCAUCUCUCCCUCUAAGGAAUGCUCCUCAAGCAAGAACCUUUUAGAAAACUCACUGCUUAAUUCCCAGACCAACGUCUUAAACUUUGGCGCUCUUGUGUUCGAAAUCAUCAGUCGGAAGUUGCCUGACCCGGAUUUUUUGUUACUCGAAUCCAAGCCCGAAAGAGAUCUUGUGGACCCAACUCUGAAAACGUUUCAGGAGGAUGUGGUUGAGAGAUUGUUGGAGGUGGUUAGGCAGUGUAUGAAUCCAUAUUCAGCUCAACGGCCAACAAUGAGAGAGGUUGUGGUGAAGUUGAGAGAGAUCACCGGAAUAACAGCCGACGCAGCAAUGCCGAGGCCAUCUCCACAGUGGUGGACGGAGCUGGAGAUCAUAACCACAGAAGGAACCUAAAGAGAAAGGAGCCGUAAUUUAGGUGUCCCCUGUAGAUACAAAUAACACUGAAGUGAUGAUCACCUUUUUCUUCCUCUGCAUUAAAAGACUAUAUACUGUAUAUAUACGAACAAAUGGAUUUGCAUAGAAACUAUUGGUAAGAUUAA